AUGAAUCCGUCGUCAGGCGCGCGCGUCUUGCCCGACGCCGGCCGCCUCCAGGGGUUUCCCCCAGGAAACUUGAGCAUCGACACUUGCAGCACCCCUGGCUUUCUGCAUCACUUUCGCACCGAGGCUUCCGACCCGUCAGCCCGCCUGACGCCCAGUCCUCACUGCUCCCGAGCCACUUCACCAGGCCCUGCCAUCGGCCCGUCCGAUGAGGCUCGAGCUUCGCAGAGUCGUGCCGCGGCUCAAGAUCCGCUCGGCCAGUUCCGUUAUGAUCCGGCUCGCCAGGCCAUCUUUCCCAGUGUAUGGGGCGUGGGCCUGCCCGGCGGCCUGGCUCUUUGGCCCGUCAACUUCAGAGCGACACUGGGCUCGUCGGAGUCGCGAUGGGCGUUUGCUCGGCGUGGCCCAGCCUCUAGCCCCGCGGCCACCGGCGUUGCCCAUCAGCUCCAAGGAAUCCGUGGCGACGCUGGCAAUGACGGCGUGAAUGGCUCGCCUCGACGUGCCGGUGCCUCGGCCCAGGCGCUUGGAGAGAGCGGCCCGUUUGCGCAGAUGCCAAGAUCCCACGCCGGCGGAGCGCCUCUUUGGCAGUCUUCGUUUGCCAAACAGCCCAUCGCGCCCGGGCGGGACGGCGACCAACUCUUCGACCCAGGGCCGGAAUGGCGCACGACUGCCCGGCCGGUGAGCCAAACCACUGCAGCUCGGCAGCUCCAAGCUACGCUUCCGCGCACCCGUACACAAAGGCCUCUCUCGGCGACGGCGGCCGAGGACACGCAGCAGAGCCAGUCGACCGGCUUCCAGCCCAUGAUGGCCGUGGCCGAGCCGGAGAGGCGACGCAACAGCCUGGCCGCGAUGCAGCUGCAGAGCCAGGACUCCAACAAGUUCUCGAGUCGCUACCAUGGAAUGCACACGGAGAACAACGCCAGCGCCGAGUAUCUCGUGCCUGGGCAAAACUGCGCGCUCUGGCUGACCAACCUCCCGGCCGACGUCGAGUACAGCGAGCUCCUCGGCGCCAUCAGCCAGAUUGGACGCGUAUGGUGCACCUACAUCAACCUGCCCGACAACGUCAAGCACCACACGGCGGCAGCAAAGGUCGUCUUCUUCACGCCCGAGGCGGCGCAGAAGCUGCUGACCAACUCGUGGACCAAGACGAUUGUCAUCCGCGGCUGCCGCGUCCGGGCCUCGCACAACCGCAUCAAGUACGGCAGAAACGCCAUGGCGGGCAAGAUGUCGCGCGUGCUCAUCAUUACGGGCAGCCAAGAGUUUGUCAACCCCGAGAACCUGCGCAACUGGUUCAUGGAGCGCUUCGUCUUCCAGGAAGAUGUUGUCAUUGAGCUCAUCAAGGCGGCGGGGCGAGCCGUGUGCGAGUUCCGCUUCGGCAGCUACCGGUGCCAGGCACAGAUGGGCAAGAUGGCGCUCGAAAAGGACAGGCCAGUCGGCUUCGAAAAGGUCGAGUUUGCCGACGACCCGUGCGAGGUGGGCGAGAACCUGGCGUCGUACGGCAUCGCAGCCGAGCGGAUCCAGGGCAAAGGCCUGUAA